GAAACACAUGCUGGAAGGCCUGCAGCGGAUGCUGCUGCGAAUUCCUCGACUUCGCCUACUUGCGUGGCAUUCUGAUGAGCCAUGCACAUGCGCUGGACCGCGCAAUGCGUGUGCUGGUCGUUGAGUUUCUGACCGUUGUGACUCUGACUGCACGGAAAGUCUCCGUCGCAGGCUUCCACGCCACACACCACUGCAUCGACAGCGCUGAAAGUUGGAUAAGCUCCAAGGUGUCAGGUCCGUGUAUAGCCUGGCCAAAGAUGUCAGCCUGCAUCUGCUUUGGCGCAGGAGAAGUGGAUGCCGGCUGGCUGCCAGGACGAGGGCUCCGCUCUUCCUUCCAGGAAUCCCCGGCUCCGGGCCGCUUCGAUGCUCAAGAUGCUGACUGGGAAGCCUUCGGAAUGCCCAACUACUCAAAGCUCUUGGGGAAGGAUCUUCUGCUGGGCCAGCAUCACGUGCAGAACCAUGGAGGGGCGGAGCACUGCAGCCGGGACUUCCACGAGUUCUGCAAGCAAGGCUACGAUUACGUCUGCGAUACCACGGAGCCGACGCUCCAUUGGAGCAAGGACUGCGGGGUGAUGUACUACCUUUCGCCAGCUGCGGGCACGGGAUGGCACACCUACAAGUACCUUCUCGGACAGCCACCAGCAGAUUGCAAGCCGGGGGAGCACUGCGACGCUUGCGCCGACCCCCAUGGCAAGGUGGUAUGCACCGUCAAGCUUCACGGCGGCGACUGCAAGGAGGAGGAUCUUGCAGCUGCUUCCAAAGCUGGCGGCGUGUCCGCCAUGUCCGGUGCAGACCUUGAAAAACUGAGCAAGACCAUCUCCUUCCUCUAG